CACGGGGUGUAUAAAAAGGGAGUAAUUUAGAGUGUUGAAAGAGACAUCUACAAUAUUUUUCAAAGAGAUUGACAUUAAACAGUGUCUGCUUCUCCCCGCCCCCCUCAUUACCUUUGACUGCCUCCACAUUCCUCAAAGCAAUGCCCAAAGUCGUGUUUUUGGUACAACACCUUUUUCUUCUUCCUCUUCUGUUGACGUCUUCAUUUCAUUAUCCAUAUCAAUUACAAUUACUACUACUGAUUCAGAUUACUACUCCGUCUUUCACUCCUUCUUCUUCUUGGAUUUGGGUUUUCAUUUUGCUUUUGAUUUUACAUCAAUGGGUUGGUUUCCAUGCACCGGCACUGGUAAACCCCACCAAAAUUUGAAGAAAAGGGGUUUUGGAAAAACCCUUGAACAUCAGAUCUCUUCAUCAAGUUCAGACAAGUCUAAGCUGAAUGGAUCAGUUAAUGGGCACAAAGAAUCAACAAAGGACAGUAAAUCAGAUCAUAUAGCUGUAAAGACCUUUACGUUUCGUGAAUUAGCAACUGUAACAAGGAACUUUCGAGUAGAUUAUCAGCUUGGCGAAGGAGGUUUUGGGCGUGUCUAUAAAGGGCAGCUGGAAAAUACUGGUCAGGUUGUUGCUAUCAAACAACUUGAUCACAAUGGGCUUCAAGGCAAUAGGGAAUUCCUCGUUGAAGUUCUAAUGCUCAGCCUACUUCAUCACCCAAACCUAGUUAACUUAAUUGGAUAUUGUGCUGAUGGAGAUCAAAGGCUUCUAGUGUAUGAGUAUAUGGCAUUAGGAUCAUUAGAAGACCACCUAUAUGACCUCGUUCCUGACAGCAGAUGCCUAGAUUGGAAUACAAGAAUGAAAAUAGCUGCGGGUGCUGCUAAAGGAUUGGAAUACUUGCAUGAUAAAGCAAAUCCCCCAGUCAUAUAUCGUGAUUUAAAAUGUUCCAACAUACUGCUUGAUGAAGAAUACAACCCAAAGUUGUCUGAUUUUGGCUUGGCAAAAUUGGGUCCAGUUGGUGAUAAAACUCAUGUUUCUACGAGAGUGAUGGGAACUUACGGAUAUUGUGCUCCAGAAUAUGCAAUGACUGGUCAGCUAAGCAUAAAAUCAGAUGUUUAUAGCUUCGGGGUUGUACUUUUGGAGAUCAUUACAGGGAGGAAAGCAAUUGACAGUUCAAAAAGCAAAGGAGAGCAGAAUCUUGUGCAAUGGGCACGCCCUCUAUUCAACGACAGAAGAAAGUUCUCUCAGAUAGCUGAUCCGACACUCCAAGGAAGAUAUCCCGCAAGGGGAUUGUAUCAAGCGCUAGCAGUGGCCGCAAUGUGUGUGCAAGAACAACCUCAUAUGAGACCCCUUAUUGGAGAUGUCGUCACAGCUUUAACUUACCUUGCUUCACAAAAGUAUAAUCCAGAAAUUCAGGGUGUUCAGAGUUUUCACUUGGCUGCUUCCAGUCCCCGAGUAAGAAGAGACUUUUGAGGGCUUGGUAAACUUCCAUGGAAGUGACUGAAAUCGAUCAGAAUGUUCGGUCCUUUAAUACCAUUAAGUCAUCAAGUGAUGUUAAUGGGUUUGAUUUGUUUUGUAGUAAGCCAUUAGGAUAGCUUAAUAGUAGUCUGUCUGAGAUAAUGAUAAUUCUGUUGGAAUAAUGAUAAUUCUGUUGUGUAUAUCUGUGAUUGGUAUGCUGUGAGCCUGUGACUACCUAUCUUCAUAAGAGCAUGUAUGUUGUACAUAAAUUAGCACUUAUUUGGUUGUUGGUACUAAUAAAAAUUUAAUUUAA